CUCACCCCGGUCAAUCUCGGCGAAAGAACGUUGCUCAGCGCGUGUACCGAAUUUAAAAAUGUAUUGAAAAUAAAUGUUAUUUCUCCACCGAGGAAGAAAUGUUAUUCCUCGUUUUACUGGUGUAAUGAAUGCGAGAGGCACAGUGACUGUACAAUUUGGGAGGGAGUUGUCAGGGCAAAAAUCCAUUGGCAUGAAUGUAAAACUAUGCAAUGAACGGGGGCACAAUUGUUAUUUUCUCUUUCAGCUAGAGAGGGUUGCUUAAAAAGGGGGCAGUAUUUCCCAUUUUCGCUUCUACAGAGCACACAGUCUGUGUUGUUUUAGUAGCGAGCCAAGCAAGCAAGCAAGCGGGCGCGCGCUGUUGAUGGGGUACUUGAGCUGCAGAUUUGCUCAGCACGCUCACGGAACUUGUCUAUCUGCGCGACAACGUGUUUGGCUGAGUGGUGGCUAAUGGCUGCCAUAGAAAGUGAGAAAGACAACAACAAAUGAAUCCUUGAGAGAAGACGAAAACAGUGGUAACCCAUUAACCCCACCACUUCUCUGCACCGUGAGGAAGAGGAUGGUGAGCAGCCAGCCGAAGUAUGAGCUGAUCCAGGAGGUGGGGCGUGGCAGCUACGGUGUGGUGUAUGAGGCGGUGGUGAAACGCACUGGAGCCCGGAUGGCCGUGAAGAAGAUCCGCUGCCACAGCCCAGAGAAUGUAGAGUUGGCCCUCAGGGAAUUCUGGGCCCUGAGCAGUAUCCAGAGCCAGCACCCCAAUGUCAUCCACCUUGAGGAGUGUGUCCUACAGAGAGAUGACCUGGCUCAGAGGAUGAGCCAUGGGUCCAGCUCCCCACUAUACCUAGAGCUGGUGGAGACAUCUCUGAAGGGAGAGAUUACCUUUGACCCCUGCUGUGCCUACUACCUGUGGUUUGUCAUGGACUUCUGUGACGGAGGAGACAUGAAUGCUUACCUGUUGUCCCGUAAACCCAGCCGCAAGACCAACACCAGCUUCAUGCUGCAGUUAGGAAGUGCCUUGGCCUUCCUUCACCGAAACCAGAUCAUCCACCGGGACCUGAAGCCUGACAACAUCCUCAUCUCCCAGGGAAGGACCUUGGCUGGAACCCCUGAGCCUACCCUGAAGGUUGCCGACUUCGGCCUAUCCAAGGUCUGCUCCACGUCGGGCCUUAACCCUGAGGAACCAGCAUCUGUCAACAAGUGUUUCCUUUCCAUGGCGUGCGGCACAGACUUCUACAUGGCUCCAGAGGUGUGGGAGGGCCACUACACGGCUAAAGCAGACAUCUUUGCCCUGGGCAUCAUCAUCUGGGCCAUGGUGGAGCGCAUCACGUUCGUGGAUGUGGAGACCCAGAAAGAGCUUCUGGGAAGCUACGUGCAGCAGGGGGAGGAGAUCGUGCCACUCGGGGAGGCGCUCCUGGAGAACCCCAAGAUGGAGCUGUUGAUCCCUGCCAGGAUGAAGAGCAUGAAUGCCGGCAUGAAACAGCUUAUCAGGGAGAUGCUGUCAUUCAACCCUCAGGAGAGGCCUGACGCCUUUGAACUGGAGCUCCGACUGGUCAGGAUCGCCUGCAGAGAGCUCGACUGGGACACGUGAUAAUGGGGGUGGAUAGGAGGGGAGAGGACCAUGGGACUUGUAGUCACAACGUCAAGAACAUGUAUCUAGGCCUAAUUCACCACUGUUUGCUCUUGUGACGGAGGCCACACAAAUAUUAUUUUUGCUCGCUUGCUCUCUCUCGCUCUCUCUCGCUCUCUUUCGCGCUCUCUGGGAACAAUUCAAAGUUUGCAAAGAUUUUGGCUUUGCAGUUGGAUAUUGGAUCGGAAGUACUGGUAAACCUAGCUCAACAGGUUGACAGCCAGUCUGUAAGUUUUUGUGUUUUGAAUGUUAACUUGGCAAGGUUGUCCAUAAGCACAUUCAGCUGUCUGUCUUGCAGAAGGAGAUGCGUUGCUAGCUACCCCACUGCUACUGGUUUAGGUUAACCUGUUAAAGUUGACUCUGUAGUUUGCCUACAAAUGCCACCCCAGACUCUGUGGUAAUAUUCAUACUAAAGUUUUGAUACAGGGAGACUAUCCUGUUAUGAUAUGGAUGCAAUUAUACACACAGGUCCACACCUCAGUGAUCGUAAACUGUGCACGGCUGGUUUUACCAGAACUCUGUGACCACACCCUGCUCUUCCCUUUCAACAAACAUGCACACUUCCCACUGCUCAGGUAAAAACGAAGAUAUACUGUUUGUUGGGAUUUGUAGACAAACAGCUGCUUUUGAAGAGAGCAACAUGACAUCAGAGGCCUGUGUAUUCUGAGCUGGCCCUGAGCCAACUAUGGGAAUUAGGCUAGUGGGAGCUGACAGUCUUGGUAUGCCAGUGCAGACCUAACCUAGCAAUUCCCAGCCCAGUGCAGACCUAACCUAGCAA